AUGGAUCAGCAGCAUUGGCCCUACUCGCACAACGACACCACUGCCGCCGCGGCCAAUAACCCCGACUUGCGACAUGCACCACCCUCGCACAACCAGCACCACCAAGUGAGCACCCCGCAACGCGACCUUCUCACCCACGCACCCAUCCAGUCGCAGUACGAGGCAUAUAGCACACCGGGCAUUGCGACGCGUGCGGCGUCCUUGGCGAUAUCAUCUCCGCCCGCGGGAGACGCACGAACACGCAAUAUGGAAUCCAACGGGGAUGCUGACGGUGACAUGCGUAUGGAGGAUGCAGACCCGUACAACCAGCAGAAGUAUGCGCGCCCGAACCCCGGCACGAGUUCGAAGAGGACAUCAGCACAGUACCUGCCUGCCCAGCCGGAAGAUGCGCAAUCGCGGGCAGCAGCCAGAUAUUCACCCAUGACAACCUCGCCCACCUCCUCAUACGUCUCGAGUCCGCAGCAGCAACCGCUCGCUUCCAAUCAGUAUGCAUCUUAUACACCCCAACAGCAGUCGGCGCGUCAAUCACCGACUAGACAGCACAACCCCUAUGCCUCGCCUACACAACAGCAGAGAUAUUAUGCUUCUACACCAUCUACUGGCAGAGCGAAUGCCUCGCAGCUCCCUCCGCUUCAAUCGAACAUGUCUCCAAGUUCAUACUAUCCGCAGUCAGCGACUCAGCAGCUCAACGCAAUGUUUGGUAAUGAGCCCAAGUCACCUCAAGCGCCGCAGCAGCCACAACUAGCGCCUGGUGAAAAGGGCCCGGUGCCGCAAUUCACAAAGUGUAAUAACGUUGCAGAGUUGCAUCCACAGAUGACUCAACAACCACCCUUUCGGCGAGCAAAUCCCGAGGGAGGUUUCAUUAGUCCAUUGCAGGCUCUCACGACCCAUCUGCCCCCGACCUACCGCAUCUGCAAUCCCGGCUUCCAGUACGAGUCUUCACGUAAUCCACGGAGAGUGUUGACGAAGCCAAGUAAGGGCGUGAAGAACGAUGGCUACGACAACGAGGACAGCGACUACAUCUUGUAUGUGAACGACAUUCUAGGCUCCGAGGAGACGAACCACAAGAAUCGGUAUCUGAUCCUGGAUGUACUCGGCCAAGGUACUUUCGGCCAAGUCGUGAAAUGUCAAAACCUCAAGACCCAAGAGGUAGUGGCGGUGAAGGUCAUCAAGAACAAGACAGCGUACUUCAAUCAGAGUAUGAUGGAAGUAUCUGUACUGGACUUGCUCAACGGACGGAUGGACAAGAACGAUGAUCAUCACAUCCUAAGGCUGAAGGACACAUUUAUACACAGACAGCAUCUGUGUCUGGUUUUCGAGCUUUUGUCGGUCAAUUUGUAUGAGCUGAUCAAACAGAAUCAGUUCAGAGGGUUGAGCACGACCUUGGUUAGAGUGUUCGCGCAGCAGUUGUUAAGUGGGUUGUGCUUGUUGAGUAAGGCGAAGAUGAUCCACUGUGACUUGAAGCCAGAGAACAUCCUUCUGAAGAACUUGGAGAGUCCCAUCAUUAAGAUCAUCGAUUUUGGGUCCGCAUGUGACGAGCGGCAAACAGUGUACACGUACAUUCAAUCACGAUUCUACCGAUCACCCGAGGUUCUGCUUGGUCUACCAUACUCAGCAGCAAUCGAUAUGUGGUCGCUAGGAUGCAUCGUGGUAGAGCUCUUCCUGGGUCUGCCUCUCUUCCCAGGCUCGUCAGAGUAUAAUCAGGUGUCACGCAUCACGGAGAUGCUAGGACUGCCACCAACUUGGAUGCUUGAGGUUGGCAAGCAAUCUGGAGAGUUUUUCGAAAAGGUACACGACGAGUUCGGGCGCAAGACCCAUAGGCUUAAGUCUAUGGAACAGUAUUCCAGAGAGCAUGGCACUAAGGAGCAGCCGAGCAAGAAGUACUUCUCGUCGAGCAGACUACCGGAUAUCAUAAGAAACUAUCCGAUGCCGAGGAAGGGUAUGAAGCAGAAUGAGGUUGAGCGAGAAAUGGCGAAUCGGGAAGCGUUUAUUGACUUUGUACACGGCUUGCUCAACAUCAACCCACUGGAACGAUGGACACCUCAGCAAGCACGAACGCAUCCUUUCAUUACACAGCAAAAAUUCACUGGCCCUUUCCAGCCGCAGAUGAGCCUGAAGACCUCGACGAGCAGAUCGCCAGCUCCCGGUCUGCAGCAGCAACAACAAGCCGAGGCUUUGUCACGGCAACGGCAGCAGCAAGAGCAUCAACAGCAGGCUGCUGCUCAACAAGCGGCCAUGCCAGCAUACGGCAAUGCGCAUAUGAGUCCUGGAUACCCGACGAGCCCACAUGUGAGCCAACAGCAGCAACAAGCAGCCAUGUACCAGAACAUGUACAGCCCCAGCAACCAAGGAGCACCGCCGCCAUACCCAUCUCAGCCAUCAUCAGCGUACGGUCAACAAAUGCCAAUGAUUCAGCCGCCACAACCUGCGGCCUCGAUGCAUCCAUACAGCUCACAAGCACAGCCGAACCUGUACGCGCAAGCCACAACUCGAGCUGGGAGGCAACGAGCGAGCACAAUGGACGGCAACGGCAUUCCACCAGCUCUCCAGCGAGUAGUAAGCCAUCUAGACCCCAACGCACCGAUAAGAUUGCAGCCUUCACCUGCGUACUAUCCACCUCCUGCGGAUGGCCAAGAAAGUAGCGUAGGUAAUAUCGGCGGACGAAGACGGACUAGCAGGGGCGCGAGACAGCCGCAGGACAAUAGAAACUUCGUACGAGUGCUUGAGGAUCGGACGCUGGAAGAGGGCUGGAAUGGUAGUGGAGUUGGUGGCGGAAGUGGAGCGGGCUGGCCGAGUACUUGA